ACCUCACACCCAUACACCCACAUAUCCCCACAAAUCAGAUAGCCUCCGACCGAGAAAGAUUAAUACUAAUACUAAAACAUAGAGCCAAAUCAAAUUGCGUAGCAUGGGCGACAGCAUCGAGGACAUCAUCUGGACGAUCAAGAACGGCGAGUUCGAGGCCGUUAAGAAGGCGUUCCUGGGCAAGCCCGAAUCCGAAUCCGAGGCGGGAUCGGGAUCGGGAUCGGAAUCGGGUUCUAGGUUGGAUAAGGGAUUCAAGCCCCGGAACGUAAACGAUCCGAUGGGUGUACGAUUUCCGUUGCAUUAUGCCGCCGAUUUUGGGCAGCUGAAGCUCCUGAAGUUCUUCGUCCAUAUGGGGGCGGAGGUGGACCGGAAGGACAAGUACGGCAUUACGCCGCUCCUGGCUGCCAUUUGGGAGGGACACACCCGGUGCGUUGAGUUUCUGCUGCAGGUGGGCGCCAGCCGGACGGAGCGCACUCCGGGCGGACAGAGCUACGUGGAGGCGGCCGAGCGGGAGGACAUUCGCCGCCUCCUGGCGCGUCCUUAGUGCCACGCGCCAAAAGAUAGGCAAACAGGAAUAGGAAUGGGGCAGGCGAUGGUGACGGAGGAGGUCCUUGAAACUUGCGCUUCAAAUUCCUAGUGUUGAGCCUUGUUUUACAUUUUAUUUUUCAACAAUUUUCGGAUGAACAAUAUAUUGGAAAUAGUUUCAUUGGA